AUAAUUUCAGCAAUUAUUUUUUAACUAGUUCUUAAUAAAAAUUCUUUCUUCAAAGUUGAUAAGUAGUACACAUUCUGAUUAACUUUCAAGAGAUAUUGGUGCACUUGUUCAUAAUGCAUUGUAAAUAGCAUUCACCAUAUAUUACCACACUGAGAAAAGUAAAUCCAUAACCAAACAGCUUAUAAGUUGAAAGUGAGGAUGAGAAAUUAUUGUUGCCAAAGUUGUUUAUGACUUGAAAAAAGAAAAAACUACUCUGACGAAAUAGAAAUGAGCGUUCAACAAAACAGAUACCCCUAUGAGGGGUUACUUUACAAGUAUACUAAUGCUAUGAAAGGAUGGCAGUAUCGAUGGUUCAUACUAAAUCCUGAAACUGGUGAACUGCACUAUUUUCUCAGCGAAUCUGAGAAAAACCAAAAACCAAGGUGUUCUAUUUAUCUGGCUGGGGCAGUCAUUGCACCUAGUGAUGAGGAUUCCAAUACCUUCAUUGUCAAUUCUGCCACAGGUGACAUGUUUAAACUAAGAGCCACAGAUGCGCGAGCUCGUCAAGAAUGGGUAGACAAGUUACGCGCCGUAACAGAAAUGUAUACCAGAGCCAUUGCAAGUAGUCAUCCACCGUUACGACCACGAGAGCAUUCAGCAUCCUUAAGACCAUCUAGUAGCAGCAGCAGCAGUGGCAAUCCAGUAGUGAAACUGGAAGUUUUAGACGCGUUCGCCAAUUGCCGUGAACAGCUAAACAAGGCUGAGAAACAGAGCCUAUCCCUGGCUCAGAGCAUUGAGAUGUCAAGUUUGAAUUUAGACCCGGAUUUAUUGGUUCUUAAGGCCACAGCUUACGCAACAGUCUAUACCCUGAAUCAAUGUUUGAACAUCCUGUACCAGUAGCGUGCGCUAGAGGAAGCCAAAACCAGGGGAGUCAGACCCAAAAUCAACGGCGGUCUCUGGUGGAAGUGUGUUCUUGCUAAGAAACCCAAAUGAGUUGAUGUGAGAGUGCAUUACAUAGGUAUUGUUGAUAAAUUUUUGGUGAUUGGCUGCCUCCUUUAAUAAUACGUGUUGAAUUCUAUGUGCAGAGACUGCAAGUAUAGUUGCCUUGUGAUUAGAGAUUAUACACAUAAGUAUAUCUUUAACUUGAGUUGGAUCUGGCUGUGUAGUGCAAGAGCAUGGUUAGCUUACAUUGUAUAUACAUGCUGAAUUGAGACUUGCCAAAAAAAUGUAUUCUAAACAGUAAAUUUAAAGUUAUAUACACUACAAUUUUUCUCUCUAUGUCUUAAUAUUCUAUAAAAGCUUAAUUACACAAUUGAAUAAUGUACAAAGUAUCAUAACUACCUGGUGAACAUUUUUGCCACAAACAUUAAUAAAAUUAGACUUGUGCACUUAUACUGCACAGCCAUGAAAUUCCUAAUUGCUACAUAUAACUAAUAUGCAAGCAAGAAAGAGAUAUAAUUGUAAAAAAAAAUUAUACCAGCUUGCCAGGUAUAAAAUAUAUUAAUCUUAUAUUAUAAUACUUAUAUUUUUUAUGAGCAAAAGUGUACAUAAUAUAUUUAAAAUUUAUUACUAUUUUGAUGCUUUUAACUUAGAAUUUUGUCAACUUACAAACAUUCCUGGUGGUGCUAUAACAGGCAUAGUAUUUGACAAAUGUUUACUUGUACAUUACUUGCGGAUUUAUUUUCAAAUCUAUAGUGAAAAAUCUGAAAUACAUUUCAUCUUAGUUUAUCUUGCAUUACAAUUGCAGGUAAAGGUAAAAUAAAUUCCUAGAGAGAUUGUUUCUUUAUUUUUUUUGCUUUCUUCAGAGGAUAUAAAGAUGACACAAUAAUAGUUGUGAAUACUUGCCUUUUCAAUUAUAAGUCUUUCAAGUAUGUAGUGUUGAAAUUGUUGAAUCGAAACUGGUUCUCGAUAAAAGAAACUAUAUACCAUGACUAGCUUGUUAAGAUAUUGCUUAUUUUCAAAUACACACAUUUGCCAUUUAAUUUUUUACUCCGUAAUAAUUGAACAUCUAUUAUAGUCUUGAAAACUUGAGUAAGAGUGAAGAUGAAGUACAAACUAAUUUUCAUAGUAUUCUUUAUGAGUUUAUUUGGGUGCAAAGAAAUACUUCUUACAUAUCACUAAAUGACAAAAAGUGAAUAAUCCAAAAUCUUUGCCUUCCAAAAAAAUAGUACAUUUAAUUGUCUAUGUUGUAAUGAUAAAUGAGACAAUAUUUUGUUUUUACUGUAUAUUAAUAUAAAGUUUAAUUUAGCUUAGCUUUUUUUGUUAACUUAAUUGGUGGGCAUUAAGAAUCUUUAUUUAUACUGUAUAUAAAUAAUAACUGAGAACACCUAUUAAUGUAGAAAGAGUGUUCAUCAGUUCGUAAUAAUGUAGAUAGUAUUUUUUAUGUAAAUGGACAUUAAAAAAAAAUCGUAAAU